GUCGCUCGGGGCCGGCGGUAGCGGCUCCGGCUUCGGCUUCGGCUGCGCUCCGGACCGGGCCGGGCCGGUCGGGACCGCCCCGCCAUGGGGACGCCGGGCGCCGGACGCAAGCGGCUGCCGAACCGGGAGCGCCUGACGGCGGAGGACGAUGCGCUCAACCAGAUCGCCCGCGAGGCUGAAGCCAGACUUGCGGCGAAGCGAGCGGCGCGGGCGGAGGCGCGGGAGAUCCGCAUGAAAGAGCUGGAGAGGCAGCAGAAGGAGAUCUAUCAGGUGCAGAAGAAAUAUUAUGGGCUGGAUACUAAGUGGGGAGACAUCGAGCAAUGGAUGGAAGACAGUGAGCGUUAUUCCCGUAGAGCCCGAAGAAAUGCCUCGGCUUCGGAUGAAGAUGAGCGCAUGUCAGUGGGUAGCCGUGGAAGCCUGAGGUCUCAUUUGGAUUAUGCCAGCACCUACCCAGUGGCUGGAUUAGAGAGUGAGAGGACCAAAAAGAAGAGCUACUCCAAAGCAGCUUCCUACUACUCUGACCUGGGUGUCCCCAACAGCAGCUAUGCUUCCACAUCUCAACUUUCUUCCCAAAAUGGAAAUUGGCCCUCCCUGCUGUACAGCGAUGCCCUGCCAGCCAGGAGUUACAGGGCGUCGGUGUACGACGAGAGCGUUUACAGCGGGAGCCGGCGCUAUAGUGCCCCCAGUUCCCGUGCUCCCUCUGAGUACAGCUGCUACCUUGGGUCGGGAUCUCGGGCAUCCUCCAGAGCCAGCUCUGCUCGGGCCAGUCCAGUGAUUGAGGAAAGGCCAGAAAAAGACUUUGAGAAGGGAGCACGAACUGUCUCAAGUUUGUCAGCAGCUACCUUGGCCUCUCUGGGAGGCACUUCUUCACGGAGAGGCAGUGGGGACACGUCCAUCUCAGCUGACACAGAGGCUUCCAUCAGGGAAAUCAAGGACUCUCUGGCUGAAGUUGAGGAGAAAUACAAGAAGGCUAUGGUGUCAAAUGCUCAGCUGGACAAUGAGAAAACCAAUUUCAUGUACCAGGUGGACACCCUGAAGGAUGCACUCCUAGAGUUAGAGGAGCAGCUGGCAGAAUCCAGGAGGCAAUAUGAAGAGAAAAGUAAAGAAUUUGAGAGGGAGAAACACGCUCAUAGCAUAUUGCAGUUUCAGUUCAUGGAAAUCAAAGAGGCUUUGAAGCAGAGAGAAGAAAUGCUUGCAGAAAUCCAACAGCUGCAACAGAAACAGCAGAGCUAUGUCAGGGAAAUUUCUGAUCUCCAGGAGACAAUAGAGUGGAAAGACAAAAAAAUAGGGGCACUAGAGAGGCAGAAAGAUUUCUUUGAUUCCAUAAGGAGUGAGCGGGAUGACCUUAGAGACGAAGUGCUUGUGCUGAAGGAGCAACUGAAGAAACAUGGAAUAAUCCCAGACUCUGAUGUAGCCACCAACGGGGACACAUCAGACAUCCUGGAUAACGAAGGACACUUGGAUUCUCCCCGAAGUGCCCCAGGCACCACUCAGGCAUUAAAGACAGGAGGGGAGGGCAUGCUAGGCAAAGCCAAGGAAGUGGAGAUGAAAAAUGAGAUUUUGGAGGAUGUGGGGAAAAGAGAAAUCUUGCAGAAUACUGAGCAUGAGGAACACAAAGAGGAGUCUGAGGAGGAAGUACAGACAUUGCAUGCUGCUGAAAACGCAAAGGCAGAACAAAUGGUUGAAGAACGGCACGCCCUGCCUGCAGUGAUGUUACCAGAGAGUAGGUUUGCAGAGCAAGCCCAAAGCCUCCCAGAACCUGUGUCAGGGAGCACUCCUUCAAACAGUGACAGUGACACAGAUGGCUUGAGAAAGGUCACAGAGCCCAGGGGCACAGCAGCCCAGCAGCCUGAGAGUGCACAGGCUGAACACCAUGACUUGAGUGCAAGGACAAAUGAGAUCCUGGAGCUGGGCUCUCUGCAAGGCCACCCGAUUUUUGAGACUCCUCAGGAAAUGUUCUGUGACUCAGGCACAGAGCAGCAGCUGGGAGAAGCUGCACCCAACCAGGAAGAGCAAGAGGAUCUUGAAACCAGCCAUGCCCUGAGUGAUGAUGAAAUGGAUGAAGGGUCUGACACCACAAGUGAGGGCAGUGAGUUGGUUUCCAACCAGGCAGGGCUACCUGAGGGAGCAGUGGCAGGCUUGCUUAGGGAAGAGGGAAAUGUGGAGAGUUCCACUCCAGAGGAACCCCAGCACUCAGAAGAAAGUGCUGAAAACAAGGUUGCAAAUGUCUUGGAGGAAAAGUUUGUUGACUGCACUGAUGGGAGAAGUGAUAAAACAGCAGGUGACAGAGCUGAAGAAGAAGAUGAGGUUGGGAACACAGUUCAGGGUCAGAUGAGGGAAGAUGAGUCUGUGGCUUUGGAGGGGACAGAGCCAUGUGAAAGGGAUGUCCCAGCAGAGCCGCUUGGAAAGGAAGGUGGAGAACAUCAGGUAUUGAUCCAACCAGAUUCUUCACAGGACAGUGCUUCAGCAUCCCCAGAGGAACCAGGUACACAAGGUAAAAGUGAAGAGGAAACUGCUACAGCUGAGAAGGAUGGACAGAAGGAAGAGCUGAUGGAAGAGCUGGAGGAGUGUUCAGGUUCUGCUGGAACAGGCAGGCAAGGUGUGGUGUCUGUGGAGGCAGCAGGCUCCAUUCCUGAGGGAAAGGGAGGUGAGCUGCAGCAGGCACAGCCAGGAACAGAGGUUGGGGCGAUCACUCAGGAAACCCAUUCAGACCCAAGUCUUUUAGAUGAUAAAGUUAAGGAGUCAGAAUUGGAAACAGGAGAUGAGGCUGGCGAAGGACAGGAAAGUAGGACAGAAUGGGUAGAAGAUCUGAAUCCAAAGGCAGAGGUUCAAACAAGUUGGGGUAGUGAAGAAACAGCAGAAGGUACAGAGGGAGAGAAAAAUGUUCCUUCAGAGGGUGAAGAGCAGGAGGUGGUUCAACAAGUAGAAGGUGAAUCUAAAGAGGAGUCAGGUGUAGGUGUUACUGUAACUACUGAAAACAAAGCCAGUAAAGAAACUCUGAAAGAAAACGAGCAAGAGGUAGAGCUUGCACACCACCCUGGUGGAGAAUCUGCUUCUGAGGAAGGUGCAAAUGAUGCCCUGCAACAGAAACCUGUGCAGGAUGAAAACAUUGGUGAACAGGUUAAGUUGGAGGAAGGGGCAGAUAAUUCCCUGGCACAGAAACUUGUGCAGAACGAAAACAUUGGCGAACAAGUUAAACUGGAGGAAGGUGCAAAUAAUUCCCUGCCCCAGGAAGCUGUGCAGGAUGAAAAGAUUAGUGAACAAGUUAAAUUGGAGGAAGGUGUAAAUGAUUCCCUAGAACAGAAAGCUGUGCAGGAUGAAAACACUAAUGAACAGGUUAAAUUGCAGGAAAGGGCAAAUAAUUCCCUGCCCCAGAAAGCUGUGCAGGAUGAAAAGAUUAGUGAACAAGUUAAACUGGAGGAAGGUGCAAAUGAUUCCCUGGAACAGAAAGCUGUGCAGGAUGACAUUAGUGAACAAGUGAAAUUGGAGGAAGAAGUAAAUGAUUCCCUGCCACAGAAACCUGUGCUGGAUGACAUUAGUGAACAAGUGAAAUUGGAGGACCAAGCAGAGGAAAGCCUGGAAGAUGAUGGUGAUGCAUUUGAUUUUGAUGAAGAGUCAAAUCAAAUACUAGAAUCUGAUGGAAAAUGUGAUGGAGAGAAAGCUGAUGCACAGGGAGAAGAGGGUGAUGGAGCAAAUGGUGCUGUUGGAAAAACUGCCCACACAGACAAAGCUGGAGAGGGAAGAGACAAAAUGGAAACCAAAGAUGCCUUGACCAAAGGUGGUGAAGCCCUGCAGCAUAAGAAAGAUGAGCCUGAAGAAACAGGGUGCUUGCAAGGGGAAGCAUUGGGGAAAGCUGAUGAGGAGGAAGAUGAAAUCAAAGUAUCAGAUUCUAGUAAAGUGGGAAAAUUCCAGGAUCAAGAUGUUUUGGAACAGGAUUUGGAAAGUGCUUUCAUUAAGAGGGCUGAAAGCAGGGAGGAUCUGCAGGUUGGUAAAAGGAGUAAGGGCAGGUCCAGAGAUGACUGUACAAUCUCCUGAGCUCAGAAUCUCAAACCUGCACGAGUUCCAUGCUCUGUGAGCAGUCCCAGGACACAAACAUGCACUUUGCACAAGACAUCAGACCUUGGAAUACUCUUAGAGCUUUGCCUUUGUAGGUAACUCAGCAUAAAGCACGGAUGUGGUAACGAUGCAAGUUUUAAGUUAUUCACUGUUGUAUACCCACCACAAGAAAUUGUGAGUGGGUUUGGUUUUGCUGUGUCUCAGGUGGAAAGCUUAUCACCUGAUGAGGAAGCUUCACAACUUGACUAUUGAAAUUAUUUUAUGCAAUUAAAGUACCUCUAGUGUGGAUAGCUGCUCCUGGGGAAUUUCUAUAGGAAUUUUUUUAUUCUAGCCUAGUUGAUCAAUAUCAUGAAUGUAUAUUGGGCCUUUGUGAAUUUAUGCACAUUAUGCUUACUUGUACUUAGAUCUACAACAAGUAUAUGAACUCUUGAUGAAGGAACUCAGCAGAUCAGCCAUCACUGAUGGUGAAACUUCUUUCAGAAUGCUUAAAGCCUAUGAACCAAUCUCUUGAUUUUUUUUUUAAUAUGAAGAAAAAAAGAUCUUUUCAUUCCACCUUGUGUGUAUUUCUUAUAUGGUCACAUUCCAAAAUAUAGUUCGAUCACUGUGAAUCUGCUUAGUCUGAGCACUUUGGAAAAGCAAUACACAGUUUGGAGAAAGUGCAAGAAGCAGGUCUUAGUUUGAUGAAAGGAAUAAAUAUCUACAUGUUUACUUCAUUUAGGCACUUUGCACCACAAUAGGCCUUUUACACCAUGUCUCACAUGGGGUUUUUAUUUUUUUCCAGAGAAAGUGUCAAUACACACUGUAAUGUGUGCUUAGGUUUGCUAUCAAGUACUGUCUAGAUAUGAAUAUAUAAAAAAUAUCUAUUUUUCCAAGAAGAUUUUUGUUUAAAAUUGCAUUUGCUUGCUGCAUUAUAUAUAUAUUAUUUUUUGCAAACUCUGAUUCUGAAACAAUGUUUUUAUCUCUGAAACAAAUCUUAUCUCUUUCCUUCUGGAAAGAAGAUAACUUUGCAUGUCUUAACUCUUGCUGGAUAUCAGACCAAAGAUGACUGUUGUUUUGUGUACUAGCCCCCUGGUGCCUUUUGGAAAAGCUGGGUUGCUUUGAAUUGCUGGCAUAAAUUAAGCUUGUGGACUCCCUUGCUGUAUUUCCUCUUGCAUCUCUGCUAGUGCUUGGGAGGAAGAGCAUGUUUUGCAUAUAUAAAUAUUCAUUUAAGUGUUAAGCAAUGAAUGUCCCAAGGGAAUGCAGACCGAGGGGGGUGUGGGCUGUGGAAGGUUGUAUUUGUGUUGAUGUUACAAAGUUGUCCGAGCACAGACAGACUGCAAGAUUUGAACUUGUAUAUCCAAAUGUACUGCUGUAUAUAAUUUAAAUAAACAUAUUUUAUACUUUAAAGCACCUGUCCAGAGCACUGUUUCUAAACCUGCACGAGGAGUUAUUUAAACCUGUGUCAUUUCAACACCAUUUUUCUGCAGCUUUUGUUCAGUUUAUUGCCUUGUGCCACGUAGCUACAGGAGCCAUCUCCCUAGGACUGGGCAGCCUCGGGGUUUGAGCACCUUGAAUAUGUGAUGGCACCUUAACUGUAGAGCUCUAACAGGUCUGUAACGCUGUAACUCCUUUCAUGUGGCUUCUCUCCAACUUACAGCAGAUGCACCGUGGUUCCUGUGAGUAUUGGCAGUUGUUCCUAAGGGUUUGCACUAGAUGCUAAUCCAAAAAGUCAUAGAUCUUAUAAGCAUUUCUUAUUAGCAUGUAGCAGUGUUUAUUUAAAGAUUUAGCUCUGAGUAGUUCGUGUAAUAUUCUAAAUAGUUCAUUGAAUAAUAAAUAAAUUCAGUGAAAAGCGGUGUUUAUUUAAAGAUUUGGCUCUGCCAUACUCUCAACAGUAAUAUAUGGUUUAAUGUUGGAAGUGGGUUUUAAUUGUUUAAUAGAUUUCAACAGAUCAUUAAAUGUUCUUACCUGGCUUCACCUCUACUGUGGAUGGAUCUAUCAGAGUUAAAUUAGGCAUUAUAUCCUGUAUUUCUUAUGAGUGCAUUUCUGAUUUUAACUAGUUUUUCCACUUCAGAAAACACAGCGUCUUUAAGAGAAUUCCUUUUUAAAGCCAAGUCACAGGAGCAGAAACACCUCCAGUCUUACCUGUCCAAGUACCAGCUUUGAUCCCACUCCCAGUGUAACUGGGAGCAAGAACAUGGAGAGGCUGUACAGAGUAGCUGCUGUGCCAGAAAUCCAUCCUGGAAUGUUGAAAAUGAGUGUGUGUGUGAUCCAAGUACGAAACUUUUGUCUUCCGGAAUAACCCCAAAUGCUCACUGGGUUUUCUGGGCAUCACCUAGUGGCACUUAAAUGCUGUAGCCCAGGUUUGUGUAUAUCAGAGCUAGCCUGAAAUGCUUUCAAAAGCAAUAUCUCAAGAAACUUACUUUGAUAAAAUAGGGGAAUAAAUUGUGAAAAGGUCUUAGUCAAUAUCUUCUUUACUAUAGAGAAGAACAGUCCUCCUGUCCCCCUCAAAAUCAGUACUGCAAGCCAGUGCUUCCAAAUCCUGUGCUGUCCCUGGCAGUGCCCCUCUUCUGAGAAAGACAGAAAAGCAUUUUCUUAUCUUCCAAAAUAAAGUGACAAAUCUGGAGAGGGAGUGUGGUGGUGUUCACAGGACGAGGGAAGAGAUGAGAAUCUUGACUCCAUGUUUCAGAAGGCCGAUUUAUUAUUUUAUGAUAUAUAUUAUAUUAAAAGAAAUUUAUAUAGUAAAAGAAUAGAAAAAAGGAUUUCAUCAGAAGGCUAGCAAGGAAUAGAAAGGAAUUGAAUGACAAUAAAAUCUUGUGACUGACCAGAGAGUCCGAGACAGCUGGGCUGUGAUUGGCCAUUAAUUAAAAACAACCACAUGAGACCAAUCACAGACCCACCUGUUGCAUUCCACAGCAGCAGAUAACCAAUGUUUACAUUUCAUUUCUGAGGCCUCUCAGCUUCUCAGGAGGAAAAUCCUAGCAAAAGGAUUUUUCAUAAAAGAUGUCUGUGACAAGGGAGUUUUGCCCAAGCUGCUCUGAGAGCUGGAUUCCUGCAGGCUGUUCUGAGUAGCUGCUUGGGGCUGGGAUUCCAUGGGAUGUCUUUCCACUCUCCAAGAGCAGUUUAUCCUUUUUAUUUACAUCAGGGUUUGUUACUUCCUGGGCCACACAUCGUGUAAAUCCUGCAGGUAAAACCAGCUGCUUCCCAUCCCAUGCUCCCCUCCAAGUGGAAAGAGCCAUGGAGGCUCUGUGGCUGAUUUGGGAAUGUUUGGAGCAGCAUCUGAGCGAGCAGUGCCUCGAGUCAGCUGCAGUGCCAAGGCAGUGAGAUCAGUCCCUGCAUGUGAAAGUGUGGCACAAGGCACUGGUCAGCACCAUGCUCACCCUCUUGUGUCCUGCUCCCUCACAGGCCCCAUCUCCUCCUCAGCCCUCUGUUAAACUCUGGUGUGGGAAGGCCAUGAACUGGUGCAGUGAGUACCCUGGGAAUCACCUUUCCAGAGUUAACUGAGGUGAAUGGCACGCUCUCAUUAUUCACUGUGGUGUCUUUCUAUGUGGAAUAAGGAUAAUGACUGUUACAGAUGAGAAUUUUAAUUAGCUGCUUCCUGUCCUGAUUCAAUAAGCUGUUCUUUCCUGCUCAUCUGUUCUCAAGGUCCUCAGAUUUGUUGGAAAAAUAUCUCCUAAAUGCAAAAUGAAGGUGACCCUGCAGAGCAAGUUUCUGUGUUAAUGUGGGGGUUUAAGAUAAGUGAAACCCAAGAGAACCUCAUGUCUACAGGCAGAGAACUUUUCUUCUAUAUGAAUGGCAAUUUUAGCAAACUCAUUUGUUCCCUGACUUGGUAAACCCUGCUGUCUGCAUGUCCCAAUGGGGUGCACAGAUAUCCAUAAUGAGGGCAGGGAGAACUGGAGGUGAACCAAACUUGAAGGUUCACCCCAAAAUGCAUCCUCUUUGCAGGAAAGGGGCUUUGGGGGAGCCAGUGUGCUUCCUCAGUGGAAGCUGGCACAGGUGUCCUUUCUUCAGGCAGGCAGGUUUCACCCCACAGCAGGGCUUGUGUUCAUGAAAGUCACAACGACGUUGUUUUCAGAUCAAAAUUGUUACUUGGCCCUUUUGGAGUCAGUUGGUUUGGGCUAAUUUUGAAGCAGCCUAAAGGUUUCCUGCUGCACCAGUCGUAUUCUCUUCCCAGUCCUUGGAACUCCAUUUCUCAGUCUUUGCCGGCCUCUAAAUCCCAACACAAUCUCUUGAGCCCAAGCUUCUCCAGCCUGUGUGCUGUUCUUGCUUUCUUCAUUGACCUUUAUGUUUCUGCCAUAUCUUCCAUCUUUUGCAGAAUUUGUCUUAAGUUUUCUUUCCUUCCCAUAUAGAUCUGUGAAAUUGUUUUAUCAUUUUAAAGGGUUUUAUAUUCGGAAAUUUUGUUUGUGGGUGGUAUUUACAAAAUAAUUUGGUUUGGGUUUUUUUUUUUAUUUUCAUAUCAGUGCUCAGGUGUAGCAAUGUUACAAAUGGAUGAAAAAAAAAGAAUAGGACUUCAGGAAGUUCAAAAUGAAUCCAUAGAUCUGCUGAACUGAGAUGUUAUGCUAAGAUCUGUGUUUGAGUAUUGCAUCAAAAGCCAAGGUAAAGAUUUUAUUCCAUGCUCUGGAAUGGGACUGUGUGGGGGUGUGUAUUCCCAGCAGGGGAAUGACAUACCACACUAAUGGACUCCUCAUGUCUGCUGUACAGAGGGACUUCCAUUGGGAGAACAGUUUUCACCAUGAUUUGACUCAAUACAGACUUUUGGUUUCCUUUAAGUGCAUGUGCUAACAAGAAAAAUGGAGAACCACAAGACUUUGGCCUGUUCAGGAGUUGUCAACAAAGAAGAAAUGGUAUUUUUAAAGCUCUUAAAAAUAUUUAAGUCUGUCUAUCAACAGAAUUUGUGGGGUAAAAGCCCACCAGGUUCUUAUGUGUAAUUUACCUUGCUUUCCUAAAGUUUACAGAAAGAUAUUUCUCUUGAGUGACCUGUGGCUUUAAACCAUUUAAUCAGCAGGCCAGACCUCAGUUGUGGAGCUGAGCUCUGAACAGCCUGAGCUCUGCACUGCUGGCAAGGGAGGCCAGCUGAACAAACCUGCAGUGAGACCCAGCUGAGGUCAACAGAUCCUCUCCUAAUGAAUGUAUUUCCAUGUGGUGUUGCAGUGUACUCCUGCCUGAGGUGUACCUGAACAAACUGAGCUUGUUAAUUAUUCAUUUAGGUGGUAAGAAAAUGUGCUUUCACAUUUUGCAGCCCUUAAUGGGGACAGAAAAAAAUGAAGUGAUUUGUUUGCUUGCUUUGUAGUUCUUUUUUCCAGCUGUCUCAUUCUGUAGAGUGCACUUUAUUAACGAAGGCUGCACAUACCCACGUGCUGAUCUGCAGCACUUCCAAGUCCAAAUGUAGCACAACAGUUGGUGCAGGUUGUCCAUUGGCUCUUGACGUUUGACCUGGAGAAUUGACUCUGAAGAGAAAACAGAGUUUUACCAAACUGCUGCGUUCGAAACACAAAUCAUUUGAUGAGCAAAUGGUUUUUUUCUGGUCAUAAUAUUGGGGCUAAAAUGUCACUGCCAUGUGAAAGAAGGGAAGAGUUAAAGUGCUGAGAAUGUAAUUGUAGGUGUUUACAGUAUUGUCAUUGUGUUAAACUGUCCAGACCUGUGAGAUUUUUUGUUGCAGUUGUGCUUGACCCUAGAGUUCUUGCAUGCUAACCUAACGUAGAAGAUUAGCCUCUUUGCAUGCAGCUGGCUGCUGCUACUGCUGGGACAAGCAUGUUGUGUGAGAAUGCCCUAAGUGCCCUGGCUGCAGCCCCCUGCCAGCCCUGCUGGGCCUCGUGUGUUGUGGUACGUGCCCUAACUCCCUAUCAGUAGUCACUAACCUGAGCGGGCCAGCCUCGUGUCUCAGAUGCGCUCCCGACGCGCCGCCGCUCGGUCAGCACUGAACUCUGCCUUUUC